AUGAAACGGAGCUUGCUACCAUUUAAAAACACGUGCUCCAGAAGUUUUUGUUCUCAAAUUACGAAAGCGAAACCACUAGAGAUUACGAAGGAAAACGCGGAAUUUGAUCAGGUUACGCACACCGGACAGGCUUGGGAUCAAGGUGACUAUCGCUUACAGCGCUUUGAUAUUUCGAAAAAGCAGGUUAAUCCGAAUAUAGCCAUGCAUCUGAUAGCCGAACGCCCUCCGAAGGACUGCGGCAAUGAACGUGUCGUAUUUUGUGACGGUGGUCAUGCCGCUCUUGGCCAUCCACGUGUCUUCAUAAAUCUCGACAAGCCGGGCCUUCAUGCAUGCGGUUAUUGCGGAAAUCGUUUCUAUAAUUCACACGUCACUAAAGGAGACGACAUGAAGAUUGAACACUUAAGCUGCUAG